AGUAGCAGUGAAUCAGUUGAACAUGUCAGCUGUAGAAGAUUCAGUAGCAUCUGCACCACUAUGCCAAGGAUUCCUGAAGAAAAGAAAAGAUAAAAUAAGGCUGAAGUGGGUAACUUACUGGUUCAAACUCCACAACACAACCAUGACUUUCUACAAUAAAGAAUAUGGAUGUACUUCAGACCUUAAAGGCCAAUAUUACCUGAAUGCGGUUGAGACUGUGCGAGAGGUAGCAUGGCCUAAGAAAAAGCACUAUGUUUUUGAGAUUACGAUGAAAAACGGGAAGAGGAAAGUCCUGGCUGCAGAAUCAGCAGGUCUCAGACAGCUGUGGAUCGGCCAACUUUUACAAGCGAUAAACCAACAUGUGUUUAACACCACCGAGCUGAACUCUACAUGCGAGACCGCAGCAGAUCCCAUGUACAGAUCUGAGUCGAGCCACUGCAUCGUGAUCAGUAACUCGCAGUCGGAGGCGAGUGAUAAACUGAGCGGAAAGCUUCAGUCCGCUGAGCCCGAGUCCUUUCUGUGGUCACACAACAUACGUCCUGCUCCUGUCAUACCAACCACAACCUCAAAUAUACAGACUGUUGAAACACCUCACCCUGAAGACGAUCACUGCACGAUGGAUGAAGUCGAGCAGAAGCCCGAAGUGAUCGAACUCGAGAAUGAUUAUGAUGUCCCCCGGCGUUGCAAACCGCUGCAUUCUGAGGAAGGUAUUUAUGAAACGCCUCCAUCAAACAGGCGCGCCAGUGACAGAGAUCGGGAAACAACUGAAAGCAUCUAUGACGUCCCAAAGUACGCGUUGAGGAAGGAGCGGGUGAAUGAAGCGUCCUGUGCCAGAGAGACACCUGAGAUCACGGGUCUGCUCCAUAACAUAGUGACAUGUUUAGAGGGAAACUCUGGGGACUGGGUCAGAGUAACCGCUCCAGGAGCCAUCUGUCAACCUUAGCAGCACAGCAAAUUGGAUUUGAUCCUGUACACAUUUGUAUAUGAAUAUGAUUCUUUCAUUUUUAUUUCUCACCUUCACCUCAAUAAUUACAUGUUGAA